AUGAGUUACGCACAGUCAUGGCUCGAUUUAGAGAAGGCUAUGGGCGGCUGCGUGGUCAUGGGCGGUACCGCUGAAGAGAUCAGAGGCCAAUAUGACCGGCUAGUUGCGGCUCUACUUCCUCAGCUCCCUCCGCCAUCAGACGCAGUGGAAAGCAAAGACGGUAAAGUCGACGGCAUCAAGUAUCGCUUGUACACUCCCAAAGAGGCUUCCAAGCAAGGCCUGCUGCCUGUUGCCAUCUGGACGCAUGGAGGAGGUUUCAUGACUGGUGAUCUUAACUCCGACGACUUUCUUUGCAGAGUCAUCGCCGAGCAUGUCCCAUCCAUCAUUGUGAAUGUCGACUACCGACUUAGCCCUGAGCACAAGGUCCCAACGCAGCUUGAGGACACGUUGACCGUGUACAGAUGGGCACGCCAAAACGCGACCUCACUCGGAGGAGACCCGAACAAGUUUUACAGCAUCGGAGGUUCUGCAGGUGGUGCUUUGGCUCUACAAGUAGCCAAUCGCAUGGUCAAGGAUCCGUCGAAGCGGGAUGGAAUUAAAGGCGUGGCCGCGAUCGUUCCGCUCACGCUUCACUGGGACCACGUACCUGCAGAGUAUCAGUCCAUCUUCAAGGCCUAUGACGAGAACAAGGAAGGUGUCCCCAUCAUUGACAAGAACUCAAUGAAGAUCUAUUAUGAGCACGCCGGCGUCGAUCCUAAAGACAGCGACACCUUCACCGCUCUGGCCACGGACAACCACAAGAACUACCCACCAGUUUACUUCGUCAGUUGCGAGAAGGAUCCCUUAAGGGAUGACGCUUACGUGAUGGAGGCAGCUUUGAAGAAGGCUGGUGUACCCACCAAGCAUGAUCAUUACAAAGGAAUGCCACAUUACUUUUGGAUCUUCCCUUCCCUACCAGAAGGCCAGCAGUUUGUUGGCAAUUUGAUUGGCGGCAUUAGGUGGUUGAUCUCCCAGAUGUAG